CGCCUCCUCCUCGCCCGCCCCAGCCCCCCUCUCCGCCCUCACCCCGCCCCUCUCCACCUCGCCCUCCCUCUCCCCGACCCCCUCGCCUCCCUCCGCCCUCACCCCGCCCCCCGCCCCCCUCACCUUCACCACCACCUCCCAGCCCUCAAGGCCUGCUCCACUUCGGCCGGCCCGAGGGCUGCUUCAUGUUCCCGGGCCUCAGCGCCGCCAACCAGAGGAAGUACGACUUCAAGCUCUUCCCCGGCCCCACCACCGACCUGGCCAAGAACUUCAACCCGCACCAGUGCGAGGUGGCGGUGCGGGAGGCGGGCUACAUGUACGUGGGCAUCGUGGCUGGCCGCAAGUGCUACGGACUGAACUCGCUGGUGCCGGGCUUCCAGCUGCCCGACACGGCGUGCGCGCCUUGUGUUGCCUUCCAGUAUAGUCGCAACGCGUGCGGGAGCGACAGCGCCAUGACCAUCUACGACCUGGGAGACCUGUUCUAUCCGCCACCCAGCUGGGAGUACUGGCCGCCUCCAGAUGGCGCCCCGGACGAGCCAACGCGCUAGACCUGGUCCAGUGAUGCUCUGUAUUGUAGUGCGCUUUCUCUCUCUGUUUCAUCCUUUCUGUAGCUGCACGUUAGGUGGUCACUGUCUCUUGUGUUUCGUUGUUUCUUGAAGAAAGCACCCGGGAUGAUGCAGUACUAGCCAUGUGCACCCGUACACAUAGUGCCCUCCUUAUUGUUUUUCCUGCGAAAAGGUUUUUGGCUAUUCAUGGCUAGUUACCCCAACGGGUAUCGUAGCUGCUGGUGAGGUGGGGAAUCCUUGCGUGCAUGUGCAGCAGCAUUCUUGCAGCGGCGGCGGAGCCAGCAGGGAUUAGGAGAAUUCACGUCAUGCCAUUGCAUGUGAUUCAUGUUGUACAGGCCGUGAGCUCGCCUCGUGGGCAUUGCUGCUUUGGUUGCUAGGAUUUGCAUGGCGUGUCAGACCCUGUCAAACAGCAUUUGAGUGUAGUUAAACACAUUGGGUAUUGGAAAUCCGGUUGUGACGUUUAGGUGUGUUGCACUGUAUCGAGUCGUCAUGCGUGCGUGUUUAGGUACAGUCCGCGCCGUACAGACGUAUGUCAACAAUGACACCUGCGUGGCAGUGCUGAGCGAUGAUGGCUGUCUGCAAGAGGUGCGGAAAUGCAGACCUGGCCGUAACCCAGCGACGUGCCAUGCGUGUUUCGGUUACACAUUCCAUUGUUGGCAUUUGCAGCACCGUACCGAUCCCGCCGCAAUGCUUUAUUUGUACUAAUGGUGCGUACAUGCUAUAGAUGUAAUGUUGUUGGUUGA